GACCACUCCGAAUUGGAGGCUGUUCGAGAAGGGACUAAUUUGGAGAGGAAACGACGACAAACUGCGGAAAGGGAGAUCUCCAUGCUCAAAAUGUACAUCGAGGACUUGAGUGGUGAAAUUCGUUUUUUGCGGAGAAGGGAGGUGACCUCUGUGCCCAAUGAAGGGGAUUUGGACGACUUGUGGCACUACGAAGGGACUUGUCGAGUACCUCUUCCAUCUGGAGUUUCAUUUUUGGAGAAAUAUUAGGAUAAUGCUCGGUACAGAGUGAUGACCCACUCCCACGACGAUUUGGUUGUGUCCCGUCGGUCUUCCAGUCGCCAAACCGUCAAUUUUGCCGGGUUUGGAGUGAGGGUUUUCAAAAAACAUGACUUUGGGAGAGUGCAGGAUGUCCACCUCCAUGGGGGAGUCAUUCGAGAUUUGGCAAUUUCUGAGACUUGCCCAAAUCUGCUGCUUUCAGUGGGAUUCGACAAAUGUGCUAAAAUAACAGACGUGCACAAUUCGUGUGUGCUUUUCAAUUUUUCUCUCCCCACUGCUUUGUGGUCGUGUUGUUGGAAUUCAGUCGAGUCGUCUUAUUUUUAUGUCGGAGGGUCCUGUGGGUGUGUCGAUGUGUUUGAUAUUCGAAAUCUCACUCGUGUUUGUCAAUUUCCUGCACUCAACAACUCCCCUGUCCACACUUUGUACUCAGAUCGGAAUAGUCUGCUUGUCGGACAAACACAGUCCAUUUCAUUCUGCAUUGAGUGUAUGACAGAUCACUAUCGGCGGAUGGAAUGUCCUCUCAAUGCCAUGAUUUCCUCAAUUUCUGUGGAUGCAGAAUCACGGAAUGUUUUGGCCACCUACAGACAGUCAUCCGCCACCACCAACGUCAAUCGGCUUGAGUUGUACAAACUUGACAGUCUGAUGGAAGAGGGUGGAUACAAAGGGCCUACUCAUGCUUUCAGCAAUCCGGGGUCUGGUCCGUCCGUCCAGCGCUCUUCCGUGUUUACAAGACCUAAUUUUCCAGAUGAUGUGAUUGUGUGUGCCAGUGAUCAACAAACUCCGAAAUUGAACGUGUUUUCGACUGGUUGUCCCCAUUUUAUGAGACAAAUUCCUGUCGAUGGAGUUCCACUCGAUGUUCUUCCCUACGGAAGUUGUCCUUCUAACAAAAAUUUGUUGGCUGUUCUCAAUUCGAAAUCUCUCCAAAUAUAUCGACUAUCACAAAAAGAAUGA